CUUGGUGAGCGGAUCAUUUCCCAGUGCUUACGGUGUGUGUGUUUUGUUUGUGUGUGCGUGUGAGUGAGAGAGCUUUUUAAGCUUGGUCUUGGUGUAUCUCUUUCCAGCCGAUCUUUAAGCUCGCUGUUAAUAUGAGCGGUGGUUGUCGCUGCACUCGCAAAUUGACAUUGGCCAUGAGCGGGUGCGUUAUUAUUUUGGUUAUUGCCCUCACCGUUGGCCUGUGUGUUGGCCUAGGCGGCGACGAUGAGGUGAAACGUGAGGACACACCCAAAUUUACAAUAGAUCAUGAGGCAAAUACUUUUUUGCUGGACGGUGAACCUUUUCAAUAUGUAUCCGGAUCAUUUCAUUAUUUUCGGGCUCUACCAGAUGCCUGGAGAAGUCGUUUGCAAACCAUGAGAGCUUCAGGUCUCAAUGCAUUGGAUACUUACAUAGAAUGGUCUCUUCAUAAUCCUCAUGAUGGUGUUUACAAUUGGGAGGGCAUUGCCGAUGUAGUCAAAUUUCUGGAAAUGGCCCAAGAAGAAGGAUUCUAUAUAGUGCUACGUCCUGGUCCCUAUAUCUGCGCCGAACGUGAUAACGGUGGUCUGCCUCAUUGGUUGUUUACCAAAUAUCCAAACAUUAAAGUUCGUACCAAUGAUUCCAAUUAUUUGGCCGAAGUGGAAAAAUGGUAUGACAUAUUGAUGCCUCGCAUACAACAUUUAUUUAUUGGCAAUGGUGGCAAGAUAAUAAUGGUUCAAGUGGAGAACGAAUAUGGAGCAUUUGAUGCCUGUGAUCAUGAUUACUUGAAUUGGUUGCGAGAUGAAACCGAGAAACAUGUGAGUGGCAAUGCUUUGCUAUUCACCGUGGAUAUUCCCAAUGAACGAAUGAGUUGUGGCAAAAUUGAGAAUGUAUUUGCCACAACCGAUUUUGGCAUUGAUCGCAUACAUGAGAUCGAUGAAAUCUGGAAAAUGUUGCGCAAUUUACAACCCACAGGACCUUUAGUUAACUCUGAAUUUUAUCCAGGUUGGCUUACACAUUGGCAAGAAGAGAAUCAAAGACGCGAUGGUCAGGUUGUAGCCGAUGCUUUGAAAACCAUUCUUAGUUACAAUGCAAGUGUCAAUUUGUACAUGUUCUUUGGCGGCACAAAUUUUGGUUUUACGGCUGGAGCUAAUUGGAAUCUCGAUGGAGGCAUUGGCUAUGCUGCUGAUGUAACCAGCUAUGACUAUGAUGCUGUAAUGGAUGAAGCUGGUGGCGUGACCUCCAAAUAUGAAUUGGUUAAGAAGGCCAUUGGUGAGCUCUGGACAUUGCCAGAGAUUACUUUGACUCCUGCAAAACGUUUGUCCUAUGGCAAAGUCGAGUUGACGCCAUCCCUCCAACUGCUAUCGAGUGAAGGACGCGCUGCCUUGUCCAAAGGAGUUCCCGUGGAGUCUGAGAAACCAAAAACUUUUGAAGAAUUAGAUCAAUAUUCUGGUUUGGUUCUAUAUGAAACAACAUUACCCGACAUGGAUUUGGAUCCAGCUCUCCUUAAAGUUGAACAAAUCAACGAUCGUGCUCAGGUAUUUGUCGAUCAGGAAUUGGUAGGUACACUGUCCCGUGAAGCGAAUAUCUAUGCCUUGCCCUUGAGCAAGGGUUGGGGUAGCACACUUCAGCUACUUGUAGAGAAUCAAGGACGUGUCAACUAUGAUCUUCUGAAUGAUACUAAGGGAAUUUUUGGUGAUGUUAGUCUUCAAUUGCAUAAUGGUGGCUAUCUGACAUUGGAGAACUGGAAAAGUACAUCGUUUCCCUUGGAAGAAGCUGCUGUGGCAUCCUGGCUCAAACAGCGUACCAAUAAGGAACUGGAUUCGUUGAUAACCAGACAGCGUAUCCUUCGCAAUGGACCAAUUUUAUAUAGUGGCACUGUUAAGGUCGAUGAAAUCGGUGACACUUAUCUGAAUAUGGCUGGUUGGGGCAAGGGUGUGGCUUAUGUCAAUGGCUUCAAUUUGGGACGCUAUUGGCCAGUGGCAGGACCGCAAGUCACUCUCUAUGUCCCCAAUGAGCUUCUAAAAGUGGGCGACAAUUCCAUAGCCAUACUCGAGUAUCAGCGGGCGAAUAAGACCACCUCCGGCACGGAUCUACCAGCAGUACAAUUUGAUGCAGUUGCUCAAUUAGAUGGACAAUCGGGCGAUGUGAAAAAAUGAAAAUCAUUUUAUGAAAGCAUUAUUCCUUUUACAUUUAUUUAAAAGCCGUUUUUGAUUUGUGCAUCAACAACCUUUUCAUUUUCUUGUCUGGUUUCGUAAGCAUUCUUAUAUUAAAUUCUAAUAUUUAGUAUUAAUAUCAUAUAUUUUGUUUUAUUAUUGUUAUUAAUCUUGGGCCUUAGUUUAUCCAAAUAAAACAUGAUUUAAUCUGUGUACUUGA